UGGGUGUGUGUCUCUCAGCUGAUGCGCGUACCAACCGACUCCAUCAUCAGCAUCCGACGCUGACAGCGGUCGAAGACACAGCAUCCCUAAUAUAACCGAGCCGCGGUAACGUCGCAGGAUAAUUCCGAGCCGGGCCGAGCAGCGCCGACGUUGCCGCAACCGCUGCUGCUACCGCUGCUGCUGCUGCUGAUGAUGAUGAUGAUGCUGAUGCUGAUGCUGCCUUGUGACAAUAUGGUUUACUGAAGCUGCCAUCUUACAAGCCGCCGAGCUGCAACAUAGUGAGUAGCCUUUGAUGAUGGAUCGCCAGGAUGCUACCAUCGUGUGUGUGCCCCCACUACCUGCAUUAGGUUGUGAUGACCCACACUACUUCCAAAUGUAUCUGUGACCUUCCCCAAUCCUGACUCCUAACCUCUAAUCCCUGACCUUUGACCCCCACUAUGGGCAGUGUUGGCAGUGGGGUGGCAGGAGAGCAGGAGUUUGCCAUGAAGUCUGUGGGCACAAGGACCACCCUGCCCCGUGCCCCUCCUCUCUCUCGCCGUUGCCCUGCCGACCGCAGCUGCAGCGCAGAACGGCUCCCGCGCCCCCCGGCAACUAUAUCAGACGGGACGGCUUCUAGUGAUGAACGAGGGAGUGUUAGUGUCGGGACUGGGACCUGUACCGGGACUGACCGACCCACCGAAACAGCCUCCUCCACCAACACUGAAUGUACCAUGGCUGCCCCGUCCAACAACAACCAGUUGGAGUGUGGCAAUGGAGCAGGCAGGAGGGAGUGGGAAAGGCAGCGUGAGAGGGGGCGAGACAGGGACCGGGACCGAGACUGGGAUCGAGAGAGGUUAGAGAGAGAGCGAGAAAGGGAGAGGAACCGGGAAAGGGAAAGAGAACGAGUGGAGAGGGAGAGGCUGGAGCGAGAGAGGGAGCGGGAGAGGGAAAGAGCAAGAGAGAGGGAGAGGGAGAGAAUUGAAAGGGAGAAGAUUGAAAGGGAGCGGGAGCGAGAGAGGGAAAGGGAGAGGGAAAGAGAGAGGGAGAGGCUGGAGAACGAGAGGUUGGAGAGAGAAAGAGAGAGGGAAAUGCAGGCCGCAGCCCUCGAUGUUUGUGGCAACAUCGUGGGCCGAGGAGUGAACGAGAAGAACGGCAUCGGCAUGAACCCACACCAGCACAGAGAGAUGGCUGCCGCCAGAACUGACAGUGAGAACAAUCCAGGCAGCCAUAACCCUCCAAACCAUAACCCGCCCAAGAUCCUGCCAGUGUCAGGAAAACUAGAGCAGGCAAUGCAGAACAACUCAGGCCUUGUCCGUCCCUCUGCCUUCAAGCCGGUGGUUCCCAAGAGCUUCCACUCCAUGCAGAACCUGGUGGGCCAGGCCGGAGGAGCUGGGAGUGAGGGCAAGACUGAGUCGAGGAGUGAAGGGUUCAGUGAGAGCAGAGGAGGCAGGAGAGGCAGGGAUGGAGGAGGAGGAGGAGAAUCAGGAGAGGUGCCAGAGGCCCUGCUCCUGGACCAGGACAGUCCGGUGAGGGUCAGCAGAAGUGAGGGUGGAGGGAAUGGGAAUGAAGUGGUUCAGGGAGGGAUGUCUGAUUCAGGUAGAAACUCCCUGACUAGCCUGCCCACCUACACAGGCUCGGGGUCUGGUUGUGGGCCCCCAGCUGUCCUGGGGCCUCUCAGUGCUUCCACCAGCCACAUCAAUAGGUUGGGCAUGGCUGGGGCAGCUGCAGGCCUAGACAAGCUGGAAAAGCCUGGCUAUCAGAAUGGGCUCAGCACCUCAGACAGUGGCCGGUCCUCCUCGGGAAAGAGCUCCUCAUCCUAUCAGAGGCUGAGCCACCUGAGUGAUGCCCCAGCACCUCUGCGCCCCUCCCCCUCCUCUGAUGACAUCAUACAGGACCUCGAGGACCGCUUGUGGGAGAAAGAGCAAGAGGUGCAGCAUAUGCGCAGAAACUUGGACCAAAGUGAAGCAGCGAUCAUUCAGGUGUUUGAGGAGAAGCAGCGUGUCUGGGAGCGGCAGAUGGAUGAGCUGAGACAGAACUACGCCUCGCGUCUGCAGCAGGUUACACGGCGUGCUCAGCGCUCCCAGACUGCCCUGCAGGCCCAGAUAACCCGUCUGUCCCAGGACAAGAGGAGGCUCCAGGAGGAGAUAGCAGCUCUGUUGGCCCAGAGAGAGGAGCUGGAGAGAAAGUGUCUGGAUUACAGGAAGGAGCAGGCUGACAUCUUACCUCGUCUGGAGGAGACUAAAUGGGAGGUGUGUCAGAAGGCUGGAGAGAUCUCGCUGCUGAAACAGCAGUUGAGGGAGAGUCAGGCUGAAGUGACGCAGCGAGCCGGAGAGAUGGUGGCCCUGAGGGGGCAGCUGAAGGAGCUCAAUGCCCAGCUGAGGGAUCGCGAGGAAGCCAUGCUGGGCCUGAAGGACUCCUACAGCACCAAGAGUCUGGAGCUGGAGAAGUGUGAGGUGGAGCUGAGGAGGACUCUCUCUGAGGUGUCCAUCCUCAGAGAAAAGCUGGGUGUGUUUGAGGCAGAGGUGCUCAGUUUAAAGCGGGCUCUGAAUGAAGUAAGCAGAGGAGCAGAGGUUGUUGUGAGCCCUAACUUAGCUGCGGCUGGACUUUUGCCACCAUGGGGAGUUGUCCACUGCCCACGGAACCCCACUGAGUCGUCAGCCAACUCCCUCACCCCCACCGCUGACACCCUGCUGAGUCUUCAGAGUGAUGAAGCCAAAGCCCAAAGGCAGGAAGCUCAGAGACAGGAGAGGCAGCAGCGUGAAGAAGCCCAGUGGCGCGAUGCACAGCAGAGGCAAGAUGCCCACAUGCAGCAGGACAUCCAAAUUCGGCCCGAGGCUCAACUUCGCCAGGAAGCCCAGCUUCGUCAGGAGGCUCACCUCCGCCAUGAAGCCCAAAUCCGACAAGAGGCCCAAAUACGCCAAGAAGCACAUCUGCGUCAAGAGGCACAGCUCCGCCAUGAAGCCCAAAUGCGCCAAGAGGCCCAACUACGUCACGAAGCCCAACUCUGCCAGGAGGCACAACUGCGUCAGGAUGCCCAUCAGCCACAGCGGGGGCAGGAGGGUCACUGGGAUGAAGCAGGGGAGCUGCGCAGACAGCUAGAGCAGCUUCAGGCCGCGUUACGCCUGGAGCGGCAACAAAGGGAGCGUCAGGCCCUCAACUUUGACCAGGAGCGACACACUUGGCAGGAUGAGAAGGAACGGGUUUUAAAAUACCAGGCCCAGCUGCAACUCAGCUAUGUGGAAACGCUGCAGAAGAACCAGGCUUUGGAGAAACGUAUGAGCCAGUUGGGAGCCAAACCAAACACAACCUCCACCACCACCACAAUUACAACUACCACCACCACUUCCCCGACCUCCUCCGGUUCUCCACCUCCACUUCCAGCCCUUUCACCUCUGUCCCCUCAGUCUCUACCUUCUAUUUCUGGCCCUAUUGCACUCACCCUUUCCCCACCUUGUGAAGACCAGAAGGGCUCUCCUUCUCUCCACCAGCUUGCCCCUCCUUGGGCAGGGCCCACUCGCCUGGAGAGGAUAGAGUCCACUGAGAUUUAG